AUGACCCUGAAAACUUUACAUAGCAUCCUGGAUCUCCAGAUGGCUAUUCUACUACUACAGCUUUUCGGCGUGAUCCCCACGACAAUCAUCCUAAUUCUUUCUCUGUUGACAUAUGGCCUGCGGAUUGUUGCUCGGGUUAAGACUAGCCAAAAUGUCGCUUGGGACGACUAUUUGAUGGGUGUUGGGUUGCUCUUGUCACUGGAACCAGCGAUCUGCCAGUAUCUCCUUGUCGCCAAUGGCCUCGGACACCAUCUUUGCAAUCUCCCGAAGGUCCAAGCGGCGCGUUUUGCCAGAAUCAGCUUCGCUCUCCAGAGAGCCAACCAGCCUGUGCUUUGCUGUGUUAAAAUAUCCAUCCUGAUGUUCUACUUGAGAGUCUUCUCGACCAAAGCAUACGGGCGUUUCCGGAUCUGGGUGUACGUGGGCAUAGCGUACACACUAAUUUGGGGAAUCACAACCUGGGCUGUCAACCUCACGACUUGUUACCCCAUUGCGUUCUUCUAUGACCGAACGAUCAAAGGCGGCUCCUGCCGUGACCAGGUCGUCUCGGGCACCACGGCUGCUGUUCUGUCGCUUGUGGGAGACAUUUAUGUCUUGGUGUUGCCGCUUCCCGCAUUGUGGCAGCUGAAGAUCAACACGAGGAAGAAGUGGCUGUGUGUGGCCUCCGUCAUCCGAAUCACGGAGAUCCUCAAGUUCGUCCCCUCGGACGGGAGCUACACCCAAGUCUACGCGACGACCUGGACCACCCUCGAGCAAGGCGUCGCCAUCAUCAGCGGAAACCUACCCCUGCUGGGCCCCCUUUUCCGCAGCUUCUUUGCCAGCAAAGGCAACACGAUGGCCAACUCAUACGGGAUGUCAAGAGGCAUGACGUCUCGGACGGCUGGUACGAGGGCCAGUCGCCUGGGCUUCCGGAAUGAUGGCCCGGUGAACAUCACCAAGAUCAGCGCUUCAUCACCUAGACUGUUCACCUUUGAGAGGCUUGACGAUGAUGAGGCCAGCAUCUACGGGGGUGGGAUGGAUGACAAGUCAAUUAUUGUGAAGAAGCAGGUUGAAGUCAGCGUUACAUGA